GUAAUCUAUCAUUCGGUUUAUAAAUUUAGUGGUGUGGAACCUAAGUUUUGUCAACAACAAUGGCGGCCAAUUCGAACAAGGAAACAAUUAUAUCUGAUGAUGGUAAAUGGUAUGAUAAUACACUUGCUGAUACUGAUCAACUUCUGAGUUUUGAAAAGCUUGACAGAGCAUCACCAGAUCUGUGGCCUGAACAGAUCCCAGGUGUCUCAGAAUUUGCUGCUGAUAAACUACCUUCUUCAAGAACUAGUAGUCCUCCAAAGUGGAUGGCAGAUUUAGAAAAUGAUGAUAUCAACUUAUUACAAGAAUUUGGAAGUUUAACAACAUCACAGUUAAUGGAGAAAGUGAGAGGCUUACAGAAUUUGGCUUAUCAGCUAGGGCUUGAUGAAGCAAGAGAAAUGACCAGAGGAAAAUUUCUACAAGUUUUACAAAAGCCAAAGAGAAACUGAUAUAUUUUAAUGUGUUAAUUGUUAAUAAGUGCAAUAUAAUGAAUCUUUUCUAAGAUGAAAUGUGAAUAAACCCAGAGUGAUUAUUCUAGGAAGGAAAAUAUCCUUGUGGAGCAGUAAGAUUUCCUGAAGGACACAGAUGAAAAGAUGUAGAAUUUUUAAGUUUUCAUCAGCUGUGGAUCAUUGGUCUAUGCAAGUUUCAAUUGUUCUAAUGGUGUCAAAACACAUUUUGAAUGAGGAGUAGAUAAUUAAAUUGAAAUGUUGAAUCUGUGCUGAGGUUAAGGUCGCCGAGACGCUGACUUUAUGUCACUUGCCAAUGGCUGAGUGGUCAAGGUCGCUGACUUAAUAUGUCACCUGCCCAUGGCCGAGUGGUCAAGGUCACUGACUUUAUAUCACUUGCCUAUGGCUGAGUGGUCAAGGUUGCUGACAUUAUGUCACUUGCCCAUGGCUGAGUGGUCAAGGUUGCUGACUAUAAAUGUCACUUGCCCAAGGAUGCCGACAAUAUCACUUGUCCAUGGCUGUGUGGUCAAGGUUGCAGACUAUAUUAUCACUUGCCCUUGGCUGAGUGGUCAAGGUCGCUGAAUUUAUAUCACUUGCCUAUGGCUGAGUGGUCAAGGUUGCUGACUAUGUCCCUUGCCCAUGGCUGUGUGGUUAAAGUCGCUGACAUUAUAUCACUUGCCCAUGGCCAAGUUAUUAAGGUCACUUGCAUAUGCCAAGUGGUGAAGAUUGCUGACUUUGUUACUUGCAUAUAGCUGAGCAGUCAAGAUUGCUAUGUCACUUGCAUAUAGCCCAGUGGUCAAGAUUGCUGACUUAAUGUCACUUGCAUAUGGCUGAGUGGUCAAGAUUGCUGACUUUAUAUCACUUUCCUUUAGGAUAAUGACUUUAAAUAUUACUUGCGCAUAACUCAUGUGGGUUUGAAUCUUAACUGUUUCUUUGGACUCUUUGAUGCAAGGAAACAGUGA